AUGAAGCUCAACAUUCCUUUGAUCAUCUCCUGUGCAACUCUCUUACCCUUCUUGGUUGAAGGCGCCAAAAGUGGCAAAGCUCCCAAAGUCAAAAAGAAUCCCAAAAACAUUGUUGCAAUUGCAGACUUCCCCUUCGGUUUUGAUAAGGGCGUCAGAGGCAAUGUUGUGUUCAGUUCCAAGGAUGGAAAGGAAGUCAACGUUCAUGUCGAUAUGACGGGAUUACCAGAAAGUGGAGGACCGUUCUACUACCACAUUCAUGAAAAGUCAGUUCCUGGUGACGGCAACUGUGACGCUGUUGGGCUUCAUUUCAAUCCUUAUGGAGCUCCUCCUGAUUGUGAGAACCAAAAGGAUGAUUCCUAUUGUCAAGUGGGUGACUUGUCGGGAAAGCACGGAUGGAUUGACACCACUUGUUUUGAAACCAAGUACACAGACCCAUUCCUCUCUUUAAAUAAGAAGUCAAAGGCUUACAUCGUUGGAAGGUCUCUUGUGUUCCAUUUCGCAAAUAUGACAAAGUUUGCUUGUGCUGAUAUUGAGUUGGCCAGUAACUUGAGGUUGAACAGUUUGAUCGAAGAAUAUAGCUUAGAUGAAGAUCUCGAUUUUCAACUGGAAGUUGCAGAAGGAUACCUGUUUGACGAAGAAGAUGCCCUUAGUGCUGAAAUCUUUGAAGCCGAAGCAGAGCAGCAAGAUACUGAGGAUUUAUUUCCAAGAAAAGAACUUAUCGCCUCC